ACCACCUGGCUGGGCUCAGCCUGGCCAGCGCCGGAGCUCGUUUCAUCCCCCGCUGCCCUUCUCUCCUGUUUUUUUGGGAUCCAAGCUUGCAGGCCCUUUUCCUCGCCCUGCAGAACGGAAGUGGGAGGUGUUUUCUUUGGUCCUGACAUUGUGAUUCGGGAUGGCUUCUGUGCGGAUCCGAGAGGCCAAGGAGGGGGACUGUGGAGACAUCCUGAGGCUGAUUCGGGAACUGGCUGAAUAUGAGAAACUCUCGGAUCAGGUGAAGAUCAGUGAAGAAGCCCUGAGAGCAGAUGGCUUUGGAGAGAAUCCUUUCUAUCGCUGUGUGGUAGCAGAGAUUCUCCCGUCACCUGGGGACCAACAGGAGCCCAGUGUGGUGGGCUAUGGGCUGUACUACUUCAUCUACAGCACGUGGAAUGGACGAAAUAUUUAUCUGGAAGACAUCUAUGUGAUACCAGAAUAUCGGGGUCAGGGGAUUGGUACCAGAAUAAUCAAAAAGGUGGCAGAGGUGGCCCUAGAUAAGGGUUGCUCCCAGUUCCGCCUGGCUGUUCUGGACUGGAAUAAGAGAGCCAUGGAUUUGUACAAAGCCCUAGGAGGUCAAGAUCUGACUGAAGCAGAGGGCUGGCACUGCUUUCGAUUUGAAGAAAAGGUGAUGAGGGAGUUGGCAGGGAGGUGACAUCAUCCCUUGGGACCUCUUUCUACUGGAGUUUCUCCAUCCCCAGCAGCUGAAGCAUCCUGAGUCAUCUCCCCAGACCCUGACCCAAAGGCCUUUCUGAGGAAGGAGGGUUGCAGGAGCUAAUUCUUGGAUUACAUAAAGAGCAGUAUUGAGGGAGGGGCUUUGCUGAGGAUGAAAAAUAAAAGAAUUGACUAUGUCAUACUGGGAAGAAGAAUUGGUAUGCUUCAGCCACUUCAAGAUCCUUCCUGCGGGCGCCAGUAGCUCAUGCCUAUAAUCCUAGCUAUUUGGGAAACUGAGAUCAGGAGGAUCAAGGUUUGACAUCAGCCUGAGCAGACAGUUCAAGAGACUCCAUCUCCAAUCCAAAAUAACCAUAUAACCAUACCAAGCCCGGCAUCAGUGGCUCACACCUGUAAUCCUAGCUACUCAGGAGGC